GGUAACCGCGCGGCGUCCCGCAGCAGCUGCCGGGCCCGGCGGCGCCAUGAACAGGAAGAAGCUGCAGAAGCAGGCGGAGGCGCUGAACCGCAGCGCUAGGCAUUUCCGUCGGCCCGAGGUGGAGUGUCUCAUCCGGCUCUUCCACACGCUGGUGCCGGAGGCUGGCGAGCGCCGCGGCGCCGCGGGGCUGGACCGCAACGCCUUCCGCAGCGUCCUGCACCUCACCUUCGGCAUGACCGACGACAUGAUCAUGGACCGAGUGUUUCGUGCUUUUGAUAAGGACAAUGAUAGCUGUGUCAGUGUAAAGGAAUGGGUGGAAGGCUUAUCAAUUUUUCUUCGGGGGACAUUAGAAGAAAAGAUGAAAUAUUGUUUUGAGGUUUAUGACCUGAAUGGCGAUGGAUACAUAUCACGAGAGGAGAUGUUCCAUAUGCUGAAGAACAGCCUCCUAAAACAACCAACAGAAGAAGAUCCUGAUGAGGGAAUUAAAGACCUGGUAGAAAUAACACUGAAAAAAAUGGACUAUGACCAUGAUGGCAAACUUUCUUAUGCUGAUUUUGAAAAAGCUGUAAGAGAUGAAAAUCUUCUUUUAGAAGCAUUUGGACCGUGUUUGCCAGAUAUAAAGAGCAGCAUGGCAUUCGAAAUGCAAGCUUUCCAAGAAACUCAUGAUCUGUAGCUCUAUAACUAGAUUUCUGCUGUUAACUGAUUCAGAAAAUCUGUUUUUCUUAAGACAUUAAAAACAGAAGCAAAUCAGGAUUUAGUUUAACGCUAAAAACUAAUAUUCCUAUUUUUAGUAUAGCUUCUAACCCAUUUCUUCAGUAUUAGGUAACUCAAAUACUUCCUUUUAAAUGAUCUGCAGUUCUUUUACGACAGAAAAAGUUACUUGUACACCUGGAACUCUUGCAUCUCAACAGCAAUAGGUAUACAGAGGACUGUACUAUAAACACUUGUUUGAUUAAUGAAAUGUACCAAAAAAAGUUUAGAAUUUUUAAACCACCACUUAAAUCAUUUUGAAAUAUAGUUUAUUUUUUACUUGUUACAUUAGAAAAAUAAAUAACUGAAAUUGUAUCCUUUAAAAA